AUUACAGUAACUCCAAUCUAGCAGCUGUUGCUAUGGUUACCGUAUCACGCAACAGCGAUUUCUGUUUGCGCGCGUAUACAUUUAGCUCAUGCUGACUAAUAAGAUUUAUCGUAAAGGAAUAAGUGCCUGACUUGUAAAAAAAUAUGAACUUUAAAAAUUAGAGUUUUGUCUUAGCCUAUAGGGUUCAAAACGCGCCCAUAAUUCGUAAAAUGUUGCGACACUAUAGGCUACGCUCCUCAAAGCAUACUAGUUGGGGCUAAUACUAGUAGUAUUAGGGGCUCUUCUCUUUGCAGUCUAACUACUCUAACGAUUCCGCCCAUUCUCUCUUGACAGCUCCGUCUUUCACCAACACACUCACUGCGCUCUUUUUGAAGGUCCUGCGCGAAACCCUCCCCAGGCGCGUGAGUGUGACACGCACAAUCUCUUGAAUAUUUUUUUUCUUCACCUAAACUCGCUGCUGUUUUCAAGUUUUCUGAGACUUAGCCUGUACAACACCGCCGCUUUUCUAGUUUUUUUAUUUUUAUUACUCGAAAGGAUAAACGCUUCUGGAAAUGGGCAUGCGUGGAGUUUUGGUUUAUGCAUUUUUUGCGGUUUUUAUCGAUCCGUGUCGGGGGACUUUAAUCAACUGCAAUGAAGUGCGUAAAGUUUUUCAGUGGAAGGAAAUCGGACCUGUAAAAUCAAUACCCGAAACACCGAGAGCAGGUUCAGACCUCCAGGUUUGUUUGUCAAAGAAUCUAACGUGCUGCACCAAGAAGAUGGAGGAGCGUUACCAGGUGGCGGCGCGGCGGGACAUCCAGAACCUCCUCCAGAUAACCAGCUCUAGUCUGAAGUUCCUCAUCUCACGCAACGUGGCUGCUUUUCAAGAAACUGUGGACUCCCUGGUGCGUCAGGCGGAGAAUCACACUCACGCAGUCCUCCUGCACACGUACCGUGAUCUGGCUGGUCCCGCAGCGGCUCCUGUCGGGGAGUUUUUCACAGAUGUGGGUCUCUUCGUCUUGGGCUCCGAGCUCAGUCUGGAGGAAGCCUCGCAGCGCUUCUUUGACGCCCUUUUCCCCCUGGUUUACGAGCGGCUGGUGGAGCCGGAUCUGUUGCGCUUGUCUCCGCUGUACGCCGAGUGCGUCCGCGCCACCUGUCGGGAUUUGGGGCCUUACGGCGGAGCCCCGGGUCGGCUCGCCGCGCUUAUCUCCCGCGCCUCGCUGCCCGGCCGCGUCUUCCUCCAGGCGCUGCACUUGGGCGUGGAGGUCAUCAACACGACCGACCACAUUCAGCUCAGCCGCGAGUGCAGACGCGGCCUACUGAGGAUGAGCUACUGCCCACACUGCCAGGGUCUGACCGCCAGCAAGCCCUGCAUGGGCUACUGCCUCAACGUGGUGCGAGGCUGUCUUGCCAGCCUGGCCGAAGUGGACGCCCACUGGAGAGAGUUUGUGCGCUCGUUAGAGAUGCUCUCCACCCGCAUGCACGGGACGCAGGAUCUGGAGCAAGUGCUUCUGGAAGUUCACGAGCUGGUGAGGGACGCCGUGGCCCACGCACAGAGGAACGCGCCGCGACUUUCUGCACAGGUGCGCAGGGUGUGCGGUCACCCCGUCAGACAGCAGGCGGAGCAGGUGAGCAGCGGGCAGCAUGGCAGCGCCGGACGAGACUCCAUUCCUCUGAAAGGAGUGGUCAGAAACACAGACGACACGCUCAGCAACAGGAGGAAAGACUUCCUCAGCAGUCUGCGUCUGCACCGCGCUUUCUACGGCGGCCUGGCCGACCAGCUGUGUGUGAGCGACCUGGCCUCUGGAGACGGGACGGCCUGCUGGAACGGGGCUGGUGUGGCCAGCUACACUCUCCGAGUGGUUGGCAACGGCAUUAAAGCCCAGGCUGAAAACCCAGAAGUCAAAGUGAAGGAGGCCGACCCGGUGAUCAGUCAAGUCAUUGAUAAACUGAAGCACAUCAAUCAGCUGUUGCAGGGCAAGUCAAUCCCAAAGCUGGGCACACUGGACCAAAUCGAGACCGGAAGUGGAGACGGAUACAGUGGAGACUGUGAUGAUGAGGACGGAUGCUGGGGAUCAGGGAACGGAGCGACCGAGAGGAGAAGAAUAGAAACUAUAUUGACACCGGAAAAUACCAACAAUCACCGAUACCAUCACCCACAAAGCAAAGGCUUUGAUCAGAUGAAUUCUGGCUCGAGAGGAACACAAACCGUCCCGCUGGCUCUUGUCUCGAUAUGCGCGUUUGUGCUGUUGUCAGGGUAACGGCAGCCAACUGGGUCCGCACCCCAGUCUCAAGACUGCUUUUCACACUGUUUCUUGGAAAGAAAAGAAAACGUGCCAGCUUUUAAAAAGUCUAGGGCGAAAUUCCAGGGAGGAGAUGUUCUCGAGUGGAAACGGAUUGGAAAAAUUGAUGCAUUGAGAACUGAAGAUGAACUGAGAGUGAAAAAUAAGAAACAAAACUGUCCUUUCAUAAACCUUUUUAAUCACAAAGUGUUUCUAUCAUAAACAUAACAGGCUACUAAAUAUUCUGCCAACACUUUAUUGCCUUGAAUAAUGUCUUUUCUACAGGGUUCAGAGUUACACAUUCAGAGAAAAAUGAGUUAAUUUAAUUCUUUAAUGAUGUAUAUUCAAAACAUAGUUGUGAGCUGAAAUGAGCACUGCACGUAUCAGCGUUUUUUUUUUUUUUUAUAGAAAUGAUGCAAUAUUUCUGAUGUCACAUACUGCUUUAUGAAUACGUCUCGGUACCAUGUACCUAAAUGACCUCCUUUUUUCAGCAUUUUUAAAUGUACUGUUGUUAUUUCUUUUCAUUUGAAAUGGCGUACGACGCACCUUAACAAAGUGUAUAAAGAUGUGUUGAUUUACAAUGUAUUUAUUCUUGGUUACAGAGUGACAUUAAACAGGUAAUGAAACUAAACAUCUGCCACAUGAAGUUGAAUGCAAGAAAAUAUGAUUGCUUUUUUAAUAUAGUGACACUUUGCAAUAAGGUUUCAUUUGUUAGCAUUAGCAAACAUGAACUAACAGCGAAUAAUACUUUUACAGCAUUAAUUAAUCUUAACGUUAAUGUUAAUUUCAACAUGUACUAAUACAUUUCUUCAAUCAAACAAUGCAUCUGUUAACGUUCCUUAAUGCACUAUAAACUAAAAUAAGCAAUCAACAACUUUUUAUUUUUAUUAACUACCUCUGGCAAUGAUUAAUAAAUGCUGUAAAAUUAUGUUACCACUAUUUACUAGUACUUUUUUUAACUAGUUUUAUAAAUGAGGGUGUUUUCUACUUGUUUUUCACCACAGAAUAAAAAAAAUAAGAAAGGUAACUGCAAUCAGACUUGAUUCUCAGAAUUGCGAGAUAUAAACACAGAAUUGCAGGAAUGCAGAAAAAGUCAGAAUUGUGAGAUAAAAAGUCGUAAACUACCUUUUCUAUUUUUUAUUUCAUGGCGAAAACAAAAAUACACAAUUGUGCAAAUUCUGAAUUUAGAAAGGGAAAAAGAAUUACAAGA